AUGUCCGGUGGAAACAUCGUUCAUGACAAUUCUGCGUAAGUACCCGAGAAACUAAACUUUCAUUAAAAAGGGCCGGGGCCAUCAUGAUUAAACAGAUAACCACUGCUUUAUGCAAACUGGAUAAAUAAUUUACGUUUAGAAAAGGACGCUUAAUGUCGACAGUAUCAUCUUAUGCUGGUCCUUUAGUACUCCAUUCAUCAUAGGAUUAGUGUAUGGCCAGUCAUUCAGAACUGCUUCCUAGAUUUUCAAAAGGAUUCGCUUCCAAACUGUGCUAUCAAAACAAAUCUGCAGUCGAUUGAAUUGCGUGAAAUAUCUGCGUUGCAUAUAAUUUUGAGCCAGUUUUACUUCAAAUUCUCGUUUUAUCAUUCAUAUAUCUACUAUGAAACUAAUAUGUUCAAGAAUAUUUAGACUAGCGUGAAAAUCAGAUUUUCCCCAAUUUCAGUGGUUGCGAUGUUUGCAAAAUGUUUUAAAUGUUCAACCAGUUUCAAAUUGUUAAUGAGGACAAGGGUUGCCAAGGUAAAGGAAAGAAAUUAUUCGCAGUAAGCAUAUUUUAUUCCUCGCUGCAACGGUUACUUCCAAAUUUUAAUAUGUGAUAUAAAUGUGUUGUAUAGUGUGCAAUAGUUCUGAUGAAAAAUUUUUAGAGAAAACGCAGCAGAGAGACUGUUGAAAGCGAAGACAAAUUAAUUUUUUCCAAGAUUUAUUUAUCGUAAAUCGUAUUUGUAACGAAAUCAUGUAAUAUAGUUUUUAGCAGAUAACGAGGUAUAAUUUCAAGUUCAUUUUGGCCACAAUUAUUUCUUCUGAUUACGAGUGGAUAUCUUCUACAUCCAUCCAUAUCAUCUGUCGUUGAUUAAUACCUUUCCUCCGUCUGAAGUUUCAUGCCAGGGGCUGCUGCGGAGUAUUUGGAUAAUAGUGGUGAAACAAAAGAUUUUCCUCUCAAAAAGAAAACAACAGAACUUCAGGAAUCACAGGGGGACUAUGGAAAAGAUGAACCGUCCUCAUUCAAGAAACUUGUGUCGCACUAUGCAGCCACUACUACUGCGCAUGGCGUGGGGAGGAUAGCGGACGCGAACAGUUCAUUAGUGAGGCGUUUGAUAUGGAGUUUGGUUAGUGUUGGUCUGUACGCAACAGUGUUUUGGAUGUGUAUUGCCUUAGUUGUAUUAUACAUGAAAAAACCAGUUGUGUCCAGAACAGAGAUGAGCUUUGAGGAGGUGAGGAUAUUUCUGGUUUCUCGCAAAUAAGGAUAGAUCGUGGCAAACAGAUUAUUACAAUCUAAUCUAGGUCUAAUUAAAGUUUACUAGCAGCUCAUCAAAUGACUUUUCAAAGCUAACUAUUUUACAUUAUAAUGAUGUGCGUUUUUCGGUUAUUAUUUCCUUCCUAGUUUUGUUGUAAGCGAGAAAAACUUUUAUGGAUUUUCUCACCUUAAACAGCAUGUCAGUCCGGCUGAAAGUGAUGUAAAUGUGUUGUAUAGUGUACAAUAGUUCUGAUGAAAAAUUUUAGAGAAAACGCAGCAGAGAAACUGUUGAAAGCGAAGGCAAAUUCAUUUUUUCCAAGAUUUAUUUAUCUUAUCGAUUUUAAAUAUUCUUAUUGCGGAACAGUGUGGUGAAUUAUGAUAUUUAGGUAAAAAGAAGGCCUUUGUUUUGACAUGUGCGUUGCUAUCUAAUCUCUUUUUUCGUUCUGGGCAGGACUUUGAUAUGUGACAGGAUUAAAUGUUUUUCGUUGUAGGCGUUACUGGUUAUACAUGAGUAUGCAAAUAAAUAUGAGCCAAACUCGCUCGUCCUUUUUGCCUGGUGCGAAAAAAAUUUCAAUUCUAUUUCUCAAGCUUACCUGAGUAGUUAACACCUCAAAGAAAAUAUGGAUAUUGUGUUUUCCGUGUGUGGAAACUGGAAGAAUGAUAAUGUUUUAAAUGUGUUAUCAGUCUUACGAGAAUUUGAAGCCAAAAUAAGGGGGAGCUUCUAAUGGUUUACCAUUCCUCGUUGCAGUCCCUGGACUUCCCUGCAGUCACAAUCUGUAAUUUGAAUAUUAUAAGGAGAGAAAAGCUGGAAACACUGCAAAAAACAAUCCUUCUCCGAGUGAUUGAAGGCCUGGAACAAAGAAGUGGGAGAAGACCGACCAGUCUAGAACAGCGAGUUAACAUUACAAGCAUAAACGCUACCGAAGAUGUUAUACGACAGAAAAUUCAGGCAAUAGCAAAAUUUAAGAAGGAAUAUCUUCUAUCCAAGGCAAAGAACGCAGACGAGAAGGAGAUUUUAUCCAACGCUGAGGUGGAUACUAAAAGCUUAGAAAAUAACUUCUUAGAUAAGGUUUUGAAAAGUAUCCCUGAGGAUGAGCUGUCCAAGGUUGGACAUGAUCUGGAUGAGAUGUUAAAGUACUGCCGAUGGUCGUCUUUUAAUUGUAAAACAGGGUAAGUGAGGGAUUUUCCGGGUGUUUUUACUUCCUUUGGAAGUAUAGGUCAAAGUUAUCCAAUGCGAGGUUUUCUUCAUGGAGACGUUCAAUGCCUGAAAAUACCUGAAAACUAUUCGUGCAUUCAAUAUUCCUUCUAACUGAUUAAUGCAGCUUAAGCAUUUAAGGGCCCCUACUUAUUUCAAUAAGUGACAACAUACUAACAUUUAUUAUAAAAAUAUUGUUAUCAAUGAUACUACUUCUACUAAUAUCACGACUUGUGAUAAAGAUAAUGAUAAUACAACAACAUUGAUAUUCUAAGUAAUAAUAGCGGAAACAACGAUGAAGACGAUUGCGACAACGAUUGCAAUUGCGAUAAGGAUAGAGAUAAUGAAUGUAAUUAGUUAUUGUAUGCAUUUUUCGUUCUGAUUAAGCAGUAGUCUCAGAACGCUUUGGCGCCACUUCUGGCAUUGGAAGUACGGUAACUGUUACAUAUUCAACUCAGGAUUAACUGAGAAUGGAACAAAGCUUCCUGUUAUGAAUACGGAUAGAGCUGGACCUAAUAACGGUAAGUGGUUCCACGUUUAAUAAGUUUAGUUUAACCUUCCAUUUACCGACAUAGUAUCUUGUACUUGAAAAUCUUUAUGAGCUUCAUUUAGCCAAAUGAAAUUAGGGAAGAAAUAAAUGCUAUAUUUGAAAAAAGUGAGACAUCUACAGUAUAGAACACUGCUGGACUGUCAUUCUCCACUAAUUCGUGUUGCACUGGUAAUAGAUUAUCACAGCUUAAACGACUGGAAUAAUAUUCUUUCUCACUAUGAAGACUGCUUUUCAUAUUAAUAAAUUCUAGAGGUCUAUUUCUAAGAUAUCCUAACGUUUGAACCAAAACAAAAAAGCGUCGUCAAAUACUGAACCCUAUGGAUCGUAAUAUGCGUUUUAAGUGGCCCUUAAAAUUGGCUCUGCAUGGCUAUCUAAACCAAGCUCCCUACCUCUCUGUUCUCUGUGGAGAAGAGUGCACUCCUGAAACAGUUUUCCCCUCAAGAGAAACAAAGGAAAAAGCCCCAUAGCGAUCAUUUUAAUUUUCUCCAUGGUCUUAUAUGCUCAGAUUGUGUCCUUCCACAACCCAUUCUCGCCAGAUGCACUUUGAACUGAAAAGAACGCCUUAAUUUUGUUUAGGUCUAGAGUUGGAUAUCUUCAUUAAUCAACAAAGUUAUACAAGGUUGACUGAUGAGGCUGGUGUCAGAGUUGUAUUAACCGACCAAUCGCGAAUGCCUUUUCCGUUUGACGAAGGCUUUAGUAUUCCCACUGGAUUUGCAACGUCGAUUGGAAUCAAAAGGGUGAUGGUUCUUACUUAUAUGAUAUUAUUAUAUUUAUAUUAUAUUAUUAUUAUCAUUAUAUUAUGUAGUGGGUAGAAUUAAUUGUGUUGUGGUGUUGUACAAAUCGCUACAAUCGGUUAAAAGAUAGGCUUGUCUCACAUCUGGCUGAUCAUUGAGGCAAAAGAAUUACAUGUAAGAUAUCACGAUGAGGUUUAAUUUUGAUAAAGAAAUCAUGACUGAUAUGUAGAUUAGUUGGUUUACUAUACUCUAUAACAAAUAUACAUUUUGGGAGGGCGUUGAUUCAUGAUUUAUCGUAUACCACUUUUAUUACUUAAUUGUUCUUUAAAGUUUUUAUCACUAUUUUACUAUCCCAUUACUAUUAUUGUACAGAAAUUCGUUAAAAGAGUAGAUCCGUAUUUAAACAACAGCUGUGUUGACGAUGGGAAAGCCGGAGUGGAUACUCGGACCAUUUACACAGAAAAGUACUACGUAAAUUACUCGACCCAGGCAAGACUAAAGUAUUUAAAAUACGCUUACAUUUAUACUUUGAAGUCUCCCGUACCGCUGCAAAGUACAUUUAUUUUAUUAUAGCGUAGAACCACCAUCUUUUACCCUCUCAACAAACAACCAUGAUAAGGUAAAAAUAGAAAAAACACAUCAAGAACGUUCUCUGGCGAAAACGAUUAAAAAAUUACGAGUUUCGCGGCGACUGCCUGAACUGCAGUCUUCGAACUGCAGUUUUCAGGCAGUUGAAAGCUCGUAAUGUUUGAAUCAUCUUACCCAGAGAUCGUUCUUAAAUUUUUUGCCCUGGCUGCAGCCCUUCAAUAUUUCAAAUAUGGUAAGGUCCAAUCACUGACUGUUGUUAAAUUUGAGUUUAUAGUAUGCUUAUUUUGGGAUCAAAAGAUUGCCUUGAUUCUGUCAUGUAGUGAAAUGGAAAUAAAAAGGGAAACCUUUCCAUCGUAAACAGGAAUGGAGUAUCCUGGUCUGAAGUUGUUCAGCAGUCCUUCCUUCCCCACCCCUUUCCACCUCAUGCAACAGAUUUACACCGUACCAUUUUGUUGAAUAUGCCUCCGUGCCUAACUAAAACUCUCUCGUUUUUAUAUCAAUACUUUCUUGUAUAUAUUUAUCUUCUUAGGCUUGUAGAAUGUCGUGUUUAGCAUCCGAAGAAGUUGAGAGAUGUAACUGCUCCGAAGCAAGAUUUCCCAUCAACAGUUCAGCAUGUUUUAGUGAGGAGCAGAGUGAGUUUGUUGGAUCGUACUUGCAAUUUCCAGUGAUGACAACCACACUCUCACAAAUCUUUCUAGUAGUAACAAUAGUUUUGAAUGAAAGCGAUCUUCUCAGUAAUGAACAUCACAUAAGCAGUAGUGAAAGUGAGGCUUGGCAGAAGUUCAGGUGUGUACGGGAUUUGAACCCAUGACCUCUGCGAUACCGGUGCAGUGCUCUACCAACUGAGCUAACAAGCCAGCUGGGAGCUGGUCAUUUCGCUGGUUCGUAAAAUAACCGUGAAAUCAUGAAUAAAUAACAUAACCUCUGCGAUACCGGUGCAGUGCUCUACCAACUGGGAGCUGGUCAUUAUGUUGGUUUGUAAUAAACGCGCGAAGUGACGAAUAAAUGACUGUGAAUUUAUGAAAAUCAUAUUUGUGAUCUGCCGAUUAAGAAAUGAAUGAAAGUGAUCUUCACAGUUUGUAAUAGUUUUUUUCUCCUUUUUACCAACCAGACAAAUGCAUUAACGAUAUACUAAGAAAGUUCACAAAAACUGGACUGGAUUGUAUCGCUAAAUGUCCACAACCAUGUUUGUAAGUAACAAUAAGUUCAUUUUUUACGUUGAUAAAUAUCUCCUAAGGCGAAAUUGGCAUAAAGUAAAGUUGUUAGUAGACUUCAUACUUACUUUCCAUGUUUUUCCUCUCCCCAGAGAGAACGCUUUCAGUCGUUCAGUUUCAAGUGCACGCUGGUCAACGGCAUUUGAUGUAAUUUUUCCUUUUUUAAGAAUAUCACCAUCUCUUAGUCCAACAGUAUUUGAGUUUAUUAAAUUUAAUGCCAAUUCAUCGUAUUUCCCCGCAAAUCAUGAGUCCAGUUGUCUUGGUUUUCACAGGCCAUGAUUCGGAGGCUUUAUCUCAAGAAUCACCCCAAGGCAAAAGACAUCGCGUUAAGGUACUAGUUUAUUAAGCAAUAGCCUAUGCCUCAUUUCGCAUUUUUUCUAUAGAUUUAUUCGUUCAAACACGAUUUUCUUCUAUUCAAAACAAAUAUCCUAAUCAUUCAAUUUCAACUGCUAGCGAGGCUAAUCAAUUGAUUUGGGCCAUUUUUUUUUACAAGGCAUGGAUCACCCUCUAACACCUUCUGCCUGAGAAGGAUUUUGAAUUUUAAAGUCGUAAAGCUUGAAUAACCUCAUUCGAGCGAAAGACUAACCAAUGUAAGUUAAACAAGGGGUUACAAAUUUAACCAUCUAAAAAGCAGUUGUUGUCUGAUGGGUUGAAAGAAGUUGUCAUUUUUCCACAGGGACAAUUUUCUAAGACUGCAAAUAUUUUAUGAAGAUCUGAGUGUUUUUAAAACCAUCAACGAAGAGGCAUACAAGGUAAACUUAUUGAAGUUUUAAAUACAGAAUGACAAAAACAAGCCGGGUAGAAGCUGGCGACGAUUUAACAAAAAAAACAGGUUGAUUCGUGUAAUUUCUGCUACAGAUUGCAUUAUUUUAACGAUACAGUUUACUUACAGUACUGACUGUUACAAUACUCUUGUAACAAUCAACAUGUAUUUUAGCUUCCUUUAACGACUUUAAUAUCGCUCUACUUUGCAGAUCGAAAACCUCCUCGCUGAUAUCGGAGGUCAGUUGGGCCUGUGGAUUGGUUGUUCAGUUAUGACUUUUGUAGAAUUAUUAGAAUUCAUGGCCGACUUGUUGGGUUACCUGUGGGAAAAGUGGCAUAAGUAG